AUGGAAUUGGAUUCGAAAUUAGAAUCAAGUCCAUUAGAAGAUUCUGGACAAGAUUCCAAUAUAAAUAUAGAAAAUAUAAAUCAACAAAAUGCAAAUACACAAAUUCCAAAUAUAAAUCAAAUUGCAAAUACACAACUACCAAAUCAAAAUACACAAGUUCCAAAUGGUAAUUUACCAAAUUUACCAUUUCCAAAUGUCAAUAUACCAAUUAUUAAUACAAGUAAUAUUCCUAUGAUGCCUAUACCAAAUACUGUACCAAUACCUAUACCUAAUCCUAUACCAGUACCAAAUAUGCCCAUGCCAAAUACUAUACCAAAUACUAUCCCAGUGCCUAUGCCAAAUAUGCCUAUACCUAAUCCUAUACCUAUGAUACCAAUACCCAAUCCCAUGACUAAUCCUAUGGGUAAUCCUAUGGGUAAUCCGAUGGCUAAUCCCAUGGGUAACAAUAUCCCUAAUCCUAUACCUAAUCCUAUGCCUAAUCCUAUAAUGAAUCCUUUAAUGAAUAUGUUACCUACGAAUAUUAUUCCUAAUAUGCCUAUUAUGCCACCACCUGGUUUCAAUAAUAUUAAUCAGACCACUACUGGUAAGGAUACUAAGGGAGCUACUGGUGGUAAGGGUUCUGGUACUAAGAGUACUAAAGGAAAAAAGGAUACUAGUGGUAAAAAUACUAAAGAAACUAAAGAAACUACUGCUAAGAGUAAGGAUUCUGAUACUACUGAUACUAAGGAUAGUGCUGAUAAGAGUAAUGAUACUAUGGAUGGUGAGGAAGGUGAUGCCGUUGGACCAAGCACCGUAACGGUAGAAAAUGAUAUGGAAGUAAGAUUUCAUUUUGGAGAUUUUGAAAGAUUACAAGAGAAGGCUCGAAAAUGGCAGAAAUUGAAUACAAGAAAAUUUUCUAAACCUGUAUCGUCAGUGAGUAAUUUGAGUAUGCAGAUGCCACCGGAACAUGUGCGUAAAGUGAUACGUGAUCAUGGAGACAUGAGUAGUCGUCGUUAUAGAUAUGAUAAAAGAGUAUACUUGGGAGCAUUGAAAUAUGUACCACACGCAGUGUAUAAGUUAUUAGAGAAUAUGCCCAUGCCAUGGGAACAAGUGAGAAAUGUCCAAGCACUUUAUCAUGUGACAGGAGCAAUAACAUUUGUAGAUGAAAUCCCCUGGGUAGUAGAUCCGAUAUUUUUAGCACAAUGGGGAACCAUGUGGAUAAUGAUGCGUCGUGAGAAAAGAGACCGUCGUCAUUUUAAGAGGAUGAGAUUCCCACCAUUUGAUGAUGAAGAACCACCAAUAGAUUAUGGAGAAAAUAUAUUAGACUUGGAACCACUAGAGGCAAUACAAAUGCAAUUGGAUCCAGAAGAAGAUCAAAGUGUAAUUGAAUGGUUCUAUGAUCAUAAACCUUUACAAUAUAACCGGAAACAUAUCAAUGGAACAAGUUAUCGUAGAUGGUUCCUGACGUUGGAACAAAUGGCAGUAUUAUUCCGUCUAGCAUCACAGCUAUUCUCCGACAUCUUAGAUGACAAUUAUUUCUAUCUAUUCAAUUUAAAAGCCUUUUAUACAGCAAAGGCAUUAAAUACAGCAAUACCAGGUGGUCCCAAAUUUGAACCUUUGUAUCGUGAUAUUGAUGAAGAUGAAGAUUGGAAUGAGUUCAAUGACAUUAGUAAAUUAAUCAUUCGACAACAAAUUCGUACAGAAUAUAAAAUCGCCUUUCCAUACUUAUAUAAUAGUCGUCCUAGGAAAGUUGCCAUGACCAAUUAUCAUACCAAAUUAUGUUCAUACAUACGACAUGAAGAUCCUGAUUUACCUAUUUUUCAUUAUGAUCCAAUUAUUAAUCCAAUACCAUCAUAUACAAUACAAUACAAUUAUGUGAGUAGUAUGGGUAUUAAGGGUGGUAAGGAUAGUAGGGAUGUUAGGGAUGUUAGGGAUGUUAGGGAUAGUAGGGAUAGUAGGGAUAGUAGGGAUAGUAGGGAUGGUGUUGAUGGAAAGGGUGUUGUGAAUGGUGUGGAAUUGAAUGGUGUUAAUGGUGUGAAUGGUGUUAUGAAGGAACAUAAAGAAAGAGAUAGAGAUAGAGAUAGAGAUAGAGAUAGAAGACGUAGUAAUUCUAGAGAAAGACAUAGAGAUAAGGAUAGGCAUAGAGAUAGAGAUCGAAGUAGACAUAGAGAUCGACGUAGUAAUUCUAGAGAUAAAAGUACACGUAAUAAAAUUACUAAAGAUAAAGAUAAUAAAUAUGAUGUUACUACUAAUGGAAAGGGAGCUAAUUUUGCAGCUAUGGAGUGUACUAAUGGAAAGGGAGCUAAUUUUGCAGCUAUGGAGUGUACUAAUGGAAAGGGAGCUAAUUUUGCAGCUAUGGAGUGUACUAUGGGAAAGGGAACUAAUAAGGUAGCCCCUUUUGGGGCUAGUACUGAGGAUACUUCUCUUGGUGAUACUGACACCGUAACGGAAGAAUAUAAAUUAAAUGGAAUAAAACCAUUAUUAACAAGAAUAGAAUUAGAAACAGAAAGAACAGGAAAUGGUAUAAGUUUAUAUUGGGCACCACAUCCAUUUAAUAAAAGAAGUGGAAUGUGUAGACGUGCAAUAGAUUUACCAAUAGUAAAUACAUGGUAUAGAGAACAUGUACCAAAAGAAUAUCCAGUCAAAGUAAGAGUAAGUUAUCAAAAAUUAUUAAAAGGAUGGGUAAUAAGUAAUUUACACGCUAAGAAACCAAAAGGAAUGAAAAAAAGAAGAUUAUUUAAAGUAUUUAGAGGAACGAAAUUCUUUCAAAGUACAGAAUUGGAUUGGGUGGAAGUAGGAUUACAAGUAUGUCGUCAAGGAUAUAAUAUGUUAAAUUUAUUAAUACACAGAAAGAAUUUAAAUUAUUUACAUUUGGAUUAUAAUUUUAAUUUGAAGCCAGUGAAAACAUUGACAACAAAAGAGAGAAAAAAGUCAAGAUUUGGAAAUGCAUUUCAUUUAUGUAGAGAAAUAUUAAGAUUAACAAAAUUAGUAGUGGAUUCACAUGUACAGUAUCGAUUAGGAAAUGUAGAUGCAUAUCAGUUAGCAGAUGGAUUGCAAUAUAUCUUCUCACAUGUAGGACAAUUAACAGGAAUGUAUCGAUACAAAUAUCGUCUAAUGCGUCAAGUAAGAAUGUGUAAAGAUUUGAAACAUUUGAUUUAUUAUCGAUUUAAUACGGGUCCGGUGGGGAAAGGACCAGGAUGUGGAUUUUGGAUAUGUGGUUGGCGUGUAUGGUGUUUCUUUUUAAGAGGAAUCUUACCAUUAUUAGAACGAUGGUUGGGUAAUUUGUUAGCACGUCAAUUUGAAGGAAGAGUAACAAAAGGAGUAGCAAAAACAGUAACAAAACAAAGAGUAGAGUCACAUUUCGAUUUAGAAUUAAGAGCAGCAGUGAUGCAUGAUAUUUUGGAUAUGAUGCCGGAAGGAAUAAGAGCAAGUAAAUCAAGAACAAUAUUACAACAUUUAAGUGAAGCAUGGAGAUGCUGGAAAGCAAAUAUACCAUGGAAAGUACCACAAUUACCCUCACCAAUAGAAAAUAUGAUAUUAAGAUAUGUAAAAUUAAAAGCAGACUGGUGGACAAAUGCAUGUUAUUAUAAUAGAGAACGUAUAAAAAGAGGAGCGACAGUAGAUAAGACAGUAUGUCGUAAGAAUCUAGGUAGAUUAACAAGAUUAUAUUUAAAAGCAGAACAUGAGAGACAAUAUAAUUAUUUAAAAGAUGGUCCAUACUUAUCAGGUGAAGAAGCAGUAGCAAUAUAUACAACAGCAGUACAUUGGUUAGAAUCAAGGAAAUUUGUACAUAUACCAUUUCCACCAUUGAAUUAUAAACAUGAUACUAAAAUCUUAAUAUUAAGUUUAGAACAAUUAAAAGAACCAUAUGCAUCCAAGGGUAGAUUAAAUCAAUCACAAAGAGAAGAAUUAGGAUUAAUAGAACAAGCAUAUGAUAAUCCACAUGAAUGUUUAAGUCGAAUCAAAAGACAUUUAUUAACACAAAGAGCAUUUAAAGAAGUUACAAUAGAAUUCUUUGAUAUGUAUUCACAUUUGAUACCGGUCUAUGAUAUUGAUCCAUUAGAAAAAAUCACUGAUGCAUAUUUAAAUCAAUAUUUAUGGUAUGAAGCAGAUAAUAGGAAAUUAUUUCCAAAUUGGGUCAAACCAUCCGAUUCUGAACCACCACCAUUAUUAGUAUAUAAAAUAUGUCAAGGUAUUAAUAAUUUCACAUCAAUAUGGGAAACCAAUGGAUCAAAUAAUGGAUCAAAUAAUGGAUCAAAUAAUGGACUAAAUAAUGGACCAAAUAAUGAACUAAAUAAUGGACUAAAUAAUGAACCAAAUUAUUUAGUAUUAUUAAGUACAAAAUAUGAUAAAGUAUAUGAAAAAGUAGAUUUGACAUUAUUGAAUAGAUUAUUAAGAUUAAUUGUAGAUCAUAAUAUUGCAGAUUAUAUAACAGCGAAAAAUAAUGUCUCAAUAUCAUUUAAAGAUAUGUCACAUAUUAAUAGUUUUGGAUUUAUAAGAGGAUUACAAUUUUCACCAUUUGUUUUCAUGUAUUAUUCUUUAGUAUUGGAUUUAUUAUUAUUAGGAUUAGGAAGAGCUACUGAAAUUGCUGGUCCAUAUAAUUCUGAAAAUGAAUUUUUAACAUUUCCAUCAACAGAAAUUGAAUUAAAACAUCCUAUUCGUAUGUUUAUGAGAUUUAUUGAUGAAAUAUAUAUAUUAUUCAAGUUUAAUAGUGAAGAAGCUAGACAAUUGGUACAACGAUAUUUGACUGAGAAUCCUGAUCCGAAUAAUGAAAAUGUUGUAGGAUAUAAUAAUAAAAAUUGCUGGCCUAAAGAUUGUAGAAUGAGAUUAAUGAAACAUGAUGUUAAUUUAGGUCGUGCUGCAUUUUGGGAAAUGCAAUCACGUUUACCAAGAUCUAUAACUACACUUGAAUGGUCUGAUUCAUUUGUAUCUGUAUAUAGUAAAGAUAAUCCUAAUUUACUCUUUUCAUUAUGUGGAUUUGAAAUACGAAUUAUUAAAUUCCGUACCGGUGAUUUUACCCACAGUAGUACCAAUAGUAUGGGUACUAUGAGUGGUACUAUGAGUGGUGGUGGUAUGGUAUUAAAAGAGAGUAGUUGGAGAUUACAGAAUAUGAAAACGAAAGAAUUGAGUGCAAUAGCAUAUUUAAGAGUAUCAAAUGAGAGUAUGAGUAUAUUUGAGAAUAGAAUAAGACAAAUAUUAAUGUCAUCAGGUAGUACAACAUUUACAAAAAUAGCAAAUAAAUGGAAUACAGCAUUAAUAUCAUUAAUGACAUAUUUUAGAGAAGCAACAAUACAUACAAAUGAAUUAUUAGAUUUAUUAGUAAAAUGUGAAAAUAAAAUACAAACUCGAAUUAAAAUUGGAUUAAAUAGUAAAAUGCCUAGUCGAUUUCCACCUGUUGUUUUUUAUAGUCCUAAAGAAUUAGGUGGUUUAGGUAUGCUUUCUAUGGGACAUAUUCUUAUACCACAAUCUGAUUUACGUUUUAGUAAACAAACUGAUGUUGGUAUUACACAUUUUCGUAGUGGUAUGUCACAUGAAGAUGAUCAACUUAUACCUAAUCUUUAUAGAUAUAUUCAAACAUGGGAAAGUGAAUUUAUAGAAAGUCAACGUGUAUGGGCAGAAUAUGCAUUAAAACGUCAAGAAGCACAACAACAAAAUAGAAGAUUGACAUUGGAAGAUUUAGAAGAUUCAUGGGAUAGAGGAAUACCAAGAAUCAACACGUUAUUUCAAAAGGAUCGACAUACAUUGGCAUAUGAUAAGGGAUGGAGAGUGACGUUGUAUUUUAGAAAAUACCAAGUGCUGAGAUUUAAUCCAUUUUGGUGGACACAUCAACGUCAUGAUGGAAAGUUAUGGAAUUUGAAUAAUUAUAGAACGGAUAUGAUUCAAGCUUUGGGAGGAGUAGAAGCGAUAUUAGAACAUACACUAUUUAAAGGUACAUAUUUCUCAACAUGGGAAGGAUUAUUUUGGGAAAAGGCGUCAGGAUUUGAAGAGUCAAUGAAGUAUAAAAAACUAACAAACGCACAACGGAGUGGAUUAACACAAAUACCGAACCGUAGAUUUACACUUUGGUGGUCACCAACAAUAAACCGAGCAAACGUGUAUGUAGGAUUCCAAGUACAGUUGGACUUGACAGGAAUCUUCAUGCAUGGAAAACUACCAACACUUAAAAUCUCAUUGAUACAAAUAUUCAGAGCACAUUUAUGGCAAAAGAUACAUGAAAGUUUAGUAAUGGAUUUAUGUCAAGUCUUGGAUAUGGAAUUGGAUUCAUUAGAAAUUGAAACGGUACAAAAAGAAACAAUACACCCUAGAAAGUCAUAUAAAAUGAAUAGUUCAUGUGCUGACAUAUUAUUAACAUCAUCAUAUAAAUGGAAAUUUGGUAAACCAUCAUUAUUAACUGAUACAUCACCAAUUGAAAAAUUGGAGAAUGGUACGAAAUAUUGGAUAGAUGUACAAUUACGUUGGGGUGAUUAUGAUUCACAUGAUAUAGAAAGAUAUUCAAGAUCAAAAUUCCUAGAUUAUACAGGAGAUAGUAUGUCGAUAUACCCAUGUCCGACAGGAUGUUUAAUAGCGGUGGAUUUGGCAUAUAAUUUACAUAGCGGAUAUGGGUAUUGGUUUGAAGGAAUGAGAGAAUUGAUGGUGAGAGCAAUGAAUAAAAUCAUGAAAGCAAACCCAGCAUUAUUUGUCCUGAGAGAAAGAAUAAGAAAGAGUUUACAAUUGUAUAGUAGUGAGCCGACAGAACCAUAUCUGUCAUCACAGAACAUGGGAGAAUUGUUUGGAUCACAAACAAUUUGGUUUGUAGAUGAUACAAACGUAUAUAGAGUGACAAUACAUAAGACAUUUGAAGGAAAUUUAACAACGAAACCAGUAAAUGGAGCAAUUUUCAUAUUUAACCCUAAGACGGGACAAUUGUUUCUAAAAGUGAUCCAUACAUCGGUGUGGGCAGGACAGAAACGUCUGUCACAAUUAUCGAAAUGGAAAACAGCAGAAGAAGUAGUAGCAUUGAUUAGAUCAUUGCCAGUAGAAGAACAGCCGAAACAAAUAAUAGUAACGAGAAGAGGAAUGUUAGAUCCGUUAGAAGUACACUUGGUAGAUUUCCCAAACAUAGUGAUUAAAGGAAGUGAAUUACAGUUACCAUACCAGUCAAUAAUGAAAUUGGAGAAGUUUGGUGACUUGAUAUUAAGAGCAACACAGCCAGAAAUGGUACUCUUCAAUUUAUAUGAUGACUGGUUAAAGAGUAUAAGUAGUUACACGGCUUUCAGUAGACUAAUAUUAAUUUUAAGAGCAAUUCACGUUAAUACAGAACGUGCCAAAUGUAUCCUGAAACCAAAUAAAACAACAAUCACACUACCACACCAUGUGUGGCCGAAUCUAACAGAUAAUGAAUGGAUUAAUGUGGAAAUUGCACUCAAGGAUUUAAUAUUGGCCGACUAUGCCAAGAGGAAUUCAGUAACAGUGACAUCGUUGACACAGACUGAAAUAAGAGAUAUAAUACUGGGGAUGGAAAUAAUGCCACCAGAUGUCCAAAGACAACAAAUUGAAGAAAAUAUAGAAGUGGGACCGAAAUCAGUGACAACUAAAACUGUAAAUGUACAUGGAGAAGAGAUUGUGGUUACUACACAGUCACCACAUGAACAGCAAGUGUUUGCAAGUAAAACUGAUUGGCGUAAUCGAUGUCUAGCAUCAGGAACUCUACAUUUGAGAGCCAAACAUAUUUAUGUCGUACCUGUCGAGUCUGAACAAGUUAUUGUCUUGCCAAAUAAUUUGAUUAAAAAGUUAAUUUCAAUUGCUGAUUUAAGGACACAAGUUGGUGCAUAUUUAUAUUCCAAAGUUGAAAAAAAUGAACAUACAGUGUAUUCAAUAGUGUGUAUGGUAUUAGUACCACAAGUGGGAACACAUAAGACUAUUGUAUUACCUAAAUUGAAGCCUGAACAUGAAGCAUUGUCAGAGCUGGUACCAAUUGGUUGGAUAUUCACGAGACCAAAUGAAGGAGAAAUUGAACAACAAACACUGGAAAUGCACCAGAAAAUGAUUAAUGAUUUUGGAUGGGACCCUACAGCAGUGAUGACAACAUGUACAUUCACUCCAGGCUCCUGUGCAAUCUCAGCAAGAAGAUUAGUUAACGCUCUGGAAAAGCCACAGAAUCUACAAUUGGAAAAGGUACAAGUGUUAGUAUCGGAUACGUUUAAAGGGUUUUUCCUAGUACCAGUGGAUGGAGCUUGGAACUAUAACUUCAUGGGAGCAAAACACUCACCACACAUGAACUUUCAAUUACAAAUUGAAGUACCAAAACCCUUUUAUGAUCCAAUACACAGACCACUUCACUUUAUACAAUUUGCUCAUACAUCUCAGGAAAAGAUAUUUGAAGAUGAUGAUCCACUUUCUUAA